AUGCUUUCAGCUUGGAUUGUUUGUGUGUUUAAUGGAGAACCAAGAGAUCAAGCACCAUUCAGAAAAUAUGGUUUUGUUUCAGUUCUUUUAGUUAUUUCAACAUUUUUAAGUAACCAAUCUAUUCGUUAUAUUAGUUACCCAACCCAAGUUUUAGCAAAAUCAUGUAAACCAAUUCCAGUUAUUUUUAUGGGUUUAAUCUUAUUCAAAAGAAAAUAUCCACCUUUAAAAUAUGUUGUUGUUUUUUUAAUUUCACUUGGUAUUUCAUUGUUUAUGUUAGUAGGAUCUUCAAACAAAAAAAAUAUUUUAAAUGAAGGAUCAAACCAUGUUUUUGGUAAUUUUAUUUUAUUCGUUUCAUUAAUGAUGGAUGGUAUAAUGGGACCAUUUCAAGAUAAUUUAGUAAAGGUUUAUAAACCAUCUGCAACUAGAAUGAUGUUAAAUACAAAUAUUUGGAAUUUAUUUUUAUUCACAACAAUUGCAAUCGCCAGAGGUGAACUCAUUCCAGCAAUCCAAUUUAUUAUCGAACAACCUGAAAUUAUUCUCUUAAUUUUAGCCUUUUGUAUUACUAGCGCUCUUGGUCAACAAUUUAUUUUCUUAACAACAAAUAAAUUUGGUUCAUUAAAUUGUAGUACCAUUACAACAACCAGAAAGUUCUUUUCUAUUCUAGUUUCAAUUAUUUGCUUUGGCCACUCUUUAAAUAAUUUACAAUGGAGCUCAAUCGGUAUGGUAUUCAGCGGCUUGGCAUUAGACUUAUAUAUGAGCUAUUCAAAACCAAAAACAAAAACAAAAUAA